AUGUUAGACCACACAAUACCCAACUACGUGUUUAUACGCACCGUCAUCCUCGCCCUGCAAGCUGUGACGCCGAUCUGCAUCUUCAUCGUAUCCUUCAGUAUUGCUGAACCUCCGCAUACCCCAUUCCGCCGCUUCCUGCUUGUCUGGGCGCUCAUCGAGACGCUCUUCUGGGUUGGCGUCUUCAUUCCCCGCAAGCGCGCACUCCAAACCGCAGCCAAACACCCACCCGCGCUCAGCAAGGAAGAGAGGAAGGAGCUGUUCUGGAAAUGCUGGGAUAGGGUGCCGCACCCCGAGUACUUUGUUAGCCGCUGGUUCCUUGGUGCGAGACCGAGCGAUGUUCGACGGGACAAUGUGCGCGAGUUCUACGAAUGGGCGCUGAUGAACCGGGGCGAAGAGACAGAGGAGGACAAGUCGCAGAGGAUGCAGGAACAUCCAGACGAGUGCAGAGAAGAGGAAGAAGAGCUUGACAGCUAUGUGGACGGCAUUGAGACGUUGCUCGGCAGGAAACUGGAGCCUGGCAAGGGCAGCGCGAAGUGCAUGCGAUUGACGGUGGAUUCUGUCAACAUGUCACAUCGGCCGGUUAUAUGGUACAUGAUUGUCAUGCUGGUGGACACGUUCACCGCAGCACAUCUGCGAUACACAGGCUUCACGUUGUACCGCACGCAUCUACGCUCCGCACUCUCCAUCUUCCCGCCUCGACCUGCGAGCCUAUUCACCCGCCAUAUCUCGUCCGCGCCAGAUCUCAGCUACUGGUACCGCCCGCAUACGUCACGAAAACGUCUCCCGAUCCUCUUCAUCCACGGCAUCGGCAUCGGCCUAUACCCAUACGCGAGAUUCUUCGACGAGAUAAACAAGUACGACCCACAAGGCACAGAGGAUGGAGACAUCGGCAUCAUCGCUGUCGAGCUCAUGCCCAUCAGCUUCCGCAUUACAGGGCCUAUCCUGGACCACGACGAGAUAUGCCGGCAGAUCAAUAUCAUCCUGACGCGCCACGGAUUCGACAAGGUUGUGCUGGCAUCGCAUUCCUACGGGUCUGUUGUGUCGACACAUCUCCUCCAGGAUCCAACAACCGCACCUAAGAUUGGUCCGAUGCUAUUCGUCGAUCCCGUCACGUUCUUGCUGCACCUCCCCGACGUCGCAUACAACUUCACCGCACGUCAACCACGGGCCACGAACGAACAUCAACUCUACUACUUUGCUUCGUGCGAUAUGAUGGUCGCUCAUACCCUGGCGCGCCACUUCUUCUGGGCCCACAAUCUGCUGUGGAAAGAGGAUCUGCGGGGCCGUGAUGUUACCAUCAGUCUUGGCGGCAGAGAUCUAAUUGUCGACACGGAGACUGUUGGGAAAUACAUCAGUGGCGUUGAUCUCAAGAGCGAAGACAGGAAGUGGAAGGAGCAUGAGUGGCAUGGCUCAGGUGUAGAGACUGUUUGGUGGCCAACUGUCGAUCAUGCGCAGGUGUUUGAAAGGAAAGACGGGAGGGCAAAACUAGCUAGGGUACUCCGCGAGUAUUGCAAGAAAGUGGGAGAGGAUGUUGAGGAUGGUGUAUAG